UGUCAAUGUCAUAACCGCAUGUUGGCGUUUGGCAUGUUAUUGCUCAGUACUUGAUACACAUUAUUACUUAUUUUUUAGUUAUUUAUUCGCAAAAAGAAUGGCAAAAGCUAGCGAGUCGGCAAUAAAGAGCAUUGGGAAGGUCCUCAACGAUCCUUCGAGGCCAAUGAAGGAGCGUUUCCGUGCUCUCUUCACUCUAAGAAACUUGGGCGGCGAAACAGCAAUUGAGUGCAUUAGCCAGUGUUUUGUGGACGAAUCUGUGCUGCUAAAGCAUGAACUAGCUUACUGUUUAGGUCAAAUGCAGGAUCAACGCGCGAUACCUGUGCUAAGGAGUGUUUUAGAGGAUAAAAACCAAGACCCCAUAGUGCGCCAUGAGGCAGGUGAAGCCCUAGGCGCCAUAGGAGACCCGAACCUCAGAGAGCUACUAGAGAAGUACCAACAUGAUCCCGCAGUGGAAGUGGCAGAGACCUGUCAGAUUGCACUACAGCGGCUGAACUGGGUUGCCAACGACAGCACCAAGGAGGUUAACCUAUCAAAGAGUUUGUUCACAUCCAUAGAUCCUGCUCCGCCGAGCAGUGAGAGUGAUGUGCAGAGUCUGAAGAACACUUUAAUGGAUGAAUCUAGACCUCUGUUUGAAAGAUAUAGAGCUAUGUUCAGUUUAAGGAAUUUGGGCACCACUGAGAGUAUUAAUGCUUUGGGUGAAGGUUUCAAAGCAUCCAGCGCCCUCUUCAGGCAUGAAGUGGCAUUUGUGUUUGGUCAGAUGCAGGAUGAGAGGAGUGUGCCCUUCUUGAAGAAGACCCUCGAGGACACCAGUGAGCAUGAGAUGGUGAGGCACGAGGCGGCCGAGGCACUUGGCUCCAUUGCUACUGAAGAAUGCACUGAGGUGCUGCAAAGGUACGUGAACGAUCCUCGCCCAGUCGUCCGCGAGAGCUGCGAGGUGGCGCUCGAUAUGUCGGAGUACGAGAAUAGUCCAGAAUUCCAAUACGCGAACACACUGCUUACUGUCGAAGGCUGAUACUUAUACUAUGUAUUGUUAUAAUAUUUAUUAUAUUUUUGCUACAAAACAGUUUUACAAAUAAUACCAGGAAUAUUAUAACACAGUCGACCCUCGUUAUUUCAGUUUCAAUAAUUCGAAUCUCUAUUAUACAAAGUUAUUACGAGGUUCCUAGAAAAUCUCUCUUUAUUUAUGUUUCGAACGAAUGAAUACAUUUUUUAUACACAUAUUUAAUUUGAACGGAUAAAUCAGUUCUACGUAAUCAAAUGACUUGUUUAUUCGAACUUAUCAGCAUCAAUUUCGACAUUUCCAAGUAGCAUAGAGAAAGGGACAGAAAGAUCUCGGAACUUGUAGAGUUUCAGUACCGAUAUUUUGAGAUAAACUAAAAUUUCGGAUCAUUUAAUAUCAAACAUUCGGUAAUUCGAAAUAUUUGAAGAGUCCUUCCAGUUGUGAAUUAAUGAGAAUCGACUGUAUUGUGAAUUGGUUAUGUUUAAUAAUCACAACUUUCGAGAUUUCACAAUAAUCUAUAUUAUUUUAUUGAAACAACUUAUAAUAGUUUACUUUUUUUUUUAUUCCUGAUCUAUGACACAUUGAUACAAUUACACUCCUGUUGAGCAGUUGUGUAAAAAUGUAGCUUCAAAUUUAUCUAUUCGAAUUUAUAUUAGUUAAAUCAUAUUUGUGUUUGCUGGACGCUCGAUACAGUUACAUAUUGUUGUAAAUUCAAUUGAAUAAAGUAUUUUAGUAAAUAAAUUCUAGUGAUAAAUUAGCCAACUGAUAUUUUAUUCAUACAUAGUCUUCUUUAUAAUAUUUAAUGUAAUAGAUUAUAAAAAAUAAUUAUAAUUUUCCCUCUGAAAACAACGAACAGGGAUUUCAAAAUAAUGCCUCUAACCUAUAUUGUAGAGGGGUAAAUCAUCCAAUGACUACUCCCGCCUUAGGUGAGGCAAGAGGGAGUGUCAGACAGUUACUGACUAAAAACCACCCCAUUCCUACUCCUGCUUUAAGCCGGAGCCCCGGUAACAUGCAUAUCUAUAGCUUGGUAUUCAGUUUACGUAACAUAUAAAUAUAAUUUCAAUUUAUUUUGCCAAUAACGAAAAGUAAUAAAAUGAAAGGAAAUUAUAUUGUUUUGUUACGAUUUUAUACGUAUCGCGUAAACGUCAAAUUCAAAUUCACUUUUGCGUAUAUUUUUGACAAAUGCUUUGCUCGCCGAUAAUGUGUACUUUCUAAGGAAAUAAUGUUAUUUUUAUUAUAUACGAUUCUUGUGCAAUGAUUGGCCCAGUGAAGAAAUAUAGCAUAGUUUUAUUUCUCUUCUUUAUGUUCGCGAUGGCGACGUCAGACGUGUUGGAAACGGAGCGCUCCUCAUUUCUUGGCUUCACCCACGAGAUUGCCAUCAGCACCAGUACCGUGGAGCUGGUUGAACAGCUGACUCAAGUUAUAUUUGAGAGCGAGCAGGGCGACCGGCGCGUGCGCCGGUACUUCGAACAUUAUGACACGCCCUUUGUAGGCGACAGGAAAUAGAUUUGUAAUGUGUAACUAGUGUUUAAAUAAAUGAUUUUUAGUUGUAA